AUGUCGCGGACAACCACACGGUCUAUCACCAGUGCCGGCAGUGAGUCGGCACCCAGUCCCAGACUGCGCUCAACAUCCGCGCGUGGAGAACGCCCGGCAUCAAAUCCAGCUUCUCUCUCCUUGGAUGCAAACCACUAUGAUACGGCCCUCCCACCGAUCAACUUUCACCAACCACCCAUUACACAUCGCCGGACAGGGAGUACCUUGAAAACGGUCAUGCGCAAGAUCUUCAACCGGAAGAGACAAAGCCAGACCGAUGGGGUGGAGGAAAGUCCCCACGAGAGCUAUUACAACUCGCCAGCGAGGUCAUCGGGCCCUAUCGCGGGCAAGUCUUUCUUAUCGGUCCCCACUUCGACAGAGUCCAAACGGAGUAGUCCUUUGUCGGCGGAGAACUUGCAAUUAGCAGAGACCCAUUUGUCUCCCACCAGUGCCACCGGCGGUUCAUUACCCUCGCCGGGAAUGGGCCCGCGCCGACGACGUGCGACCUUGCCCAGUGUGAUCUUCUCCGACGACGAAUCCAGAUAUGCAGUGGCAUCGGCAGUCUCUGAUCCUCAGGAGGAUCGACCAUUUAUCCCGGACCAAGAGCGCCAGCGAAGUAUGCUUCAAGCUCGGCGCAGAUCGAGGAGUAUCGGCACAUUACAAGACCUGGUCAACCAGCGGCCCAUGACUCCCCGGGAGUGGCCAACACAUACCACCUCGGUUCCCAACUCGGUUGCAGACUCCAAGUCACCCCCUCUGGAAGGAGGCAGCUCUGUGAGCGACCAUUCCGGUAGACCGUCGACCGGCACGACGGUGACCAGCGUGACGAGAGCAUCGGCAGCACCCUCCAUCCAAGAAUCAGACCCGCACGCAGACCAAAUCAGCCUUCCACCAAAUGUGGGCAAUCUAGUGCGCACAAUGCAACAAGACGACGGUCUCACAAUCGAGCAACGCCUCAACACGAUCGAAGUCAAAAUGAUAGACCUCGAAUUCGCAAUCGCCCGCAUGCAAUCCAAUUCCGCGGCCGACAACCUCCAAGACCGGGAUAGAUCCUCAUCCCGCAGAAAAGAAGAUUCCUUCCCACAAGUCCGCAGCAAACCCUCAUACCUCAGCUCAAACGACUGCGACGAAUCUCCAACAACAGUAUCAAUUCUCCCCACCACCCGCCCAACGAGUACAAGCACCAUCCGCGCCGACACGUUAAACGCCCGCACCCUCCGCGCCGCGCCAUCCGCAACCUCUCUCUCCGAUUUCAGCGGAAUCUCCAUCGAGCAGUACAGCGCCUUGGUCACACUCCUCCGGCGCGAACAAACUGCCCGCCGAAACCUGGAGAGUCAAGUCUCCAGUUUGAAGGAUGAUAUCCGACAUAUUCAACGGGCAGCGCUGCAUUCGAUGGAAAUGGGUGGCACGAUGUAUCCCAUCCAUAGUGUAGAUUCGCAGGAGUUUUUAAGGUUUAGGCGGGCACUGGACGAAUCUGAUAGCUCGCCGGUGAGGCCGGAUGAAAAGGGUAAUGGGGCUUUUGAGACGGAGUCUGAUUAUGAUCCGUUCGGGCCCCCUAAAUGGGAGAGGGAGAGGGAUAGGGAAAGGCAGCGAGAGCGUGAGCGAGAGCGUGAGCCUGGGUAUGGCGGUAGGAGGGUUGUUACAGCGCCAAUGAUCUAA